AUGUGCGCCUGGAGCUCAGCGGCAGAGAGGCGCGAGGACAGAACGACGAAGCUCUUGGCGCACCGAUUCGUUCCCAUACCGCAUCUUUUGCCUUUUUUACAGCCUGCGCGUACGCGGCGCCGAAUUUCGCCCAAGUCUACUACUACUACUACUACUACUACUACUACUACUACUACUACUACUACUACUACUACUACUAACUACUACUACUACUACUACUACUACUACUACUACUUACUACUACUACUACUACUAUACUACUACUACUACUACUACUACUACUUACUACUACUACUACUACUACUACUACUUACUACUACUACUACUACUACUACUACUACUACUUACUACUACUACUACUACUACUACUACUACUACUACUACUACUACUACUACUACUACUACUACUACUACUACUACUACUACUACUACUACUACUACUACUACUACUACUACUACUACUACUACUACUACUACUACUACUACUACUACUACUACUACUACUACUACUACUACUACUACUACUACUACUACUACUACUACUACUACUACUACUACUACUACUACUACUACUACUACUACUACUACUACUACUACUACUACUACUACUACUACUACUACUACUACUACUACUACUACUACUACUACUACUACUACUACUACUACUACUACUACUACUACUACUACUACUACUACUACUACUACUACUACUACUACUACUACUACUACUACUACUACUACUACUACUACUACUACUACUACUACUACUACUACUACUACUACUACUACUACUACUACUACUACUACUACUACUACUACUACUACUACUACUACUACUACUACUACUACUACUACUACUACUACUACUACUACUACUACUACUACUACUACUACUACUACUACUACUACUACUACUACUACUACUACUACUACUACUACUACUACUACUACUACUACUACUACUACUACUACUACUACUACUACUACUACUACUACUACUACUACUACUACUACUACUACUACUACUACUACUACUACUACUACUACUACUACUACUACUACUACUACUACUACUACUACUACUACUACUACUACUACUACUACUACUACUACUACUACUACUACUACUACUACUACUACUACUACUACGUUGUUCACAGCGGCGCACACCAGAGAGUUAUACUUGCGCAUUCAGGGUAA